AUGGAGCCAUCCCAAUCCCCUUCAAGUUCUCAAUCCAUCAAUCUGAUGGACCUCCCCUCAGAACUCCACAUCCAAAUAAGCACCUACCUUUCCUACCCAGACGCCCUAGCUUUAAAGCACAGCAGCCGCCACUUCUACUCGAUAGUAUACACAGGCGUGCGCCUGAAGGUUGACUGGUUUAUUGAGCGAUUUGAGAAUAAGCUCGAAUGCCCUAUGGAGAAGUGCUCAUUCAAGACGGACGAGUCGUUUUGCAAUGGGCGUGUGCGCGCCAUUAUGGAGCGCCGGAGGUGGCAUAUUGAGUGUCGCCGGGCUAGGAAUGGCUGUCGGCUUGUUCAUGGCCACACUUGCCAGGCAAAUUCAAUGUCUGGUUGGUUUAAAGUGAGAACACCGGGAAACAGGAGAGCUGUCAAGGUGAUGAAGAGUUGGGGACAUGAAGCCCUCUUGAUUGGGAUUAUGACUGUUCUGCUUAACUUGCUGUGGAACUUUGUUCAGAGGUGA